AUGUUUGACUUCAUCGCCGACGGUCUCAAUACGACCAUCACCAUCCUCUUCCCCAUCUUCGCCUCCUACAAAGCCCUGCACUCCUCGGACCCAGCCCUACUCGCCCCAUGGCUCAUGUACUUCGUCACGCUCACCCUCGCCCACCUGCUAGAGUCCACCUUCGCCUUCAUCCUCGACUGGGUGCCCUUCUACGCCUGGUUCCGCCUCUUCGCGCACCUCUACCUCGUCCUCCCGGGCUCGCAGGGCGCCAGCUUCCUCUACCAAACCCACAUCGACCCCUUCCUGCGCGACCACGAGCGCGCCAUCGACGACUUCAUCUCCUCGGCGCACGCGCGCUCCAAAUCCGCCGGCCUCACGUACCUCAAGCUCGCGAUCGAGUGGGCCAAAGUCAACGUGCUGGGCCUGCCGCCGCAGGCGCCCGAGCCGGAGCCCCGGCGCGGCGUCAGCUACGCGCAGAGCCUGAUGGGGCGGUUCAACAUGCCGAGUGCGCGCGCGGACACGGAUUUCUACGGCCUGAUCACCCAGACGCUCAGCGGAGCGACGGCCGGGUUUGGCGGCGCGACGCGCGAGGCGCAGGCGGAGGAGCUGAGUGCGAGUGGGACGCUGGUGCCGCCGGGCUUGGAUGAGGAGGAGCGCGCGAGUUAUCUGGCGACGCAGAGGAAUCGGCUGAUGGUGCUGCUGCAGGCGUUUGAUCGCGAGCAGGGGUCGUUGGCGGAGGAGCGGGACGCGAGGGAGGGGGGGUAUCGCGGGCUGGCGAAGAGUCGCAGCGAGGUGGAGUUUGAUCGGAUUGAGAGGGAUGAGGUGGAGAGGGAGGGGCCCGGGGGUAGGCCGGAGGCGGGGUAUAGGAGGGUUAGUGGACAGCCUGGGGGCUGGAUGCCGUGGAAUUGGGCGGGGAAGAAGCCGGUCGAGCCUGAGGACUUGGCGUAUGGAGAUGUGCAUGCCAAGAGGCCUUCGAGCCGGGAUGGGGGCAGGUCGUCGGGGUAUGAUGGUGCGAGGUCUACUGGAUACGAUGGGGGUAGGCCGUCGUCUGGGUAUGAUGGUGGGAGGUCAUCGUCAGGAUAUGAUCUCCCGUAUCCUAGGGAUUAA